UGGUAGAGCGGCUGAGAGAGUCCAACUUCCGGUUCCGUUUCCCUGAGUAACAGAUAGUUGUCGUCAGAAGCUGCGUUGAUGUGCUGUUUCCUUCAUCCUGGGCCUAGUCCUUACCCCUGGCUCUCCUCUUUUGUCGCCUGCAGAAGAUCAUAACCUUGUGAGGCCUCAUCAUGGCUUCUAUAACAGACAAGACCUUGCUUUCUGCUGAACUUGAGGAGGAGGAGGAGAUGGAAGAGAAGGAAUUCCAGAAGCUUUUACUCCAGGCUUAUCAGAAAAUUCAGAGCUCGGUGCCCUCUUCAGCAGAGUAUAUGUUCAUCCGCCCACUCCCAGGGUUCUGCCUUAAAAUCCACACUGUUUCUGGUGAGAAGGUCUUUGUUAAUGUCUGCAGGUCUCCCGACAUCCCUCCACCUGCCGACCUGAGCAAUGAAGAACUGUCCUGCCUCAUUGAGUCCCAGGCAGGUUCCAACUUCCGGAUCCCCAUGAGCCUGGGGGAGCCACAUGCUGAAGUGGACAAUAGUAACAAUGGUUGCACUGCUUAUGAUGUCACCAUCAACACCAGCUUUUACAACAAAAUGAAGGGCAACGGGUUUCUCAAAGAGUUUUUCAUCACGAUCGUCUUGGAAGGACUGUCUGAGAAAUACAGCUUGAACCUCACCAACCAAGAUUGGCGAAUUCUGAAGAACAGGAAGUUUAUGGGCUCUGUAUCUGAACAGAACAUCCGCACCAAAUCCAAGCUGAUCAUCCAGGAGAUGGAAAACAGUGAAACCAAGGAGAAAGGUAGUAACGUUUUGCAGUCUUCUGUAUCAGAAAGCUCUGCCACCGUUCCUGAAUACAAGGUAGUUGCUGAGCCGUCUCUCAGUCAUCCUGAUCGUCUUGUGGCAAAAAUUUGCCUUCCUAAAAUGACUUCAGUGAAAUCCCUGGAGCUGGACCUGGGUGAAGAUCGCAUUGUGUUACAGGGACAACCCGGACUGUACCAUCUGGACAUCUUCAUCCCCUACAGCAUUGUUCCUGAAGAAAGCAAGGCACAGUUCCACAGAGAGACCAAGAUCCUCACUGUCACUAUGCCCGUCCAACGCCCAUUACUUCUGUCAUGAGCUCUAUGGAGAAAAGCUGGAAGAAAGACAAUUUCAUCAGCUUAAGGACUUUGAUCUCACAGCAGAGGAACAGAGAUCCAGGAAGGAUGGACAAUGGAUUUGCCUCUCAAAUGAUUGGUACUGGACUUGUGAGGUGUAACAGUUCCUACUGUGGGUAGGCUCUGUACCUAAGCCCAUGCAAUAAAGUUGGAACUGGGAAAAGUUACUUUUUUAAAAACCACAACCUGUGGAAUCAAAUGAGGGAUUCUGGUUGGGCGGGGCACAUUAAUCCAGAAAAAAAACCCCACCAAUUUUCUGGGUUCUAAGUAAAGCGUGUUGGAUGGGAUCCAGAGCUUUGCCACCUUUUUCCUCCUACGAAUUUGUUCUCAACUUCCUUUCCACCCACAACAGCUGCUGUUCUUUCCUCUUUCUGUUUUCUCAGCCAACUAAUGCAGUCUACUCAUCUCCAUUUGCUUUUCUGCAGACAGUUUUAUAACCCAAAAGCAAGCCACCUUUGACCCUCUAGUUCAGGCAUGGGCAAACUUUAGCCCUCUGGGUGUUUUGGACUCCAACUCCCACAAUUCCUAACAGCCUCAGGCCCUUUCCUUUUCCCCCUCAGCCGCUUAAGCUUAAGCCGCUUAAGCGGCUGAAGGGGAAAAGGAAGGGGCCUGAGGCUGUUAGGAAUUGUGGGAGUUGGAGUCCAAAACACCUAGAGGGCUAAAGUUUGCCCAUGGCAGCUCUAGUUGUCUACCACUCCCUUCAUGCCUCACUUAACAAUUAUUAACAGGAAGUGGAGUUCGGCAACAUUCACAAGGCUAUCGUUUCCCUCCAUCUGUGUUGAACUAUGUUGUCUUUCAGUUCUCUUGAGACCAGUCCUUCCCUUUCAUCAAGUUUGGCUUCAUGCUUUUCACCAGGUCAUGAAAACCUGUGUUUGAAAAAAGAUGGCAAACAUUCUAUCCCCAAAAUGGAUGUCUUCUGACUCAAGAAUGUUUUCUUGUAUAGAUUUUGAAGCAAACAUGCUUGAAUCAGUUGUGGUGUAGAUUUUUUUUUCUCCGCCUUGCUUACUUUUUUCCUGUUUGGAAAAUUUACCUUUUUGGAUCUAUAACUCCCAGAAUCUUCCAAUCAGCAUGGGCUGUGGUCAGACUGAGUGGGAAAAGAAAAGGUUGCAAGGGAGGGAGGCACAUUAUGUCUUUUCAUUUGGGUGGCGAGAUGAUGUUUGAGCUGAUUGUAGUCUACUUUGCAUCGUCGCUACUGUUGUAAGUUUCCUUGAGUCAGCUUUCUUGUCUGCAGGCUUUGAAUUACAUUUUUCGUGAUAAAAAAUAAAGUUUUCAGUCAUUAGAA